AUGUCAAGAAUCUAUAAUGAUUCAUUAAUCUAUUGUUGUUCAGAUACUCCAAUCGAUCCAACACAUGAUGAAAUCGAUUUGAAUUUUUUAUAUCCCUUGUGUGACUUAUAUUUCUGUCCAAUAUGUCAAUAUCCAAAAUCUAAAUAUCAAACUUUUGGUAAAAUCACUUAUAAGUUCUGUAGUAAUUGUUUAACUAAUUAUACUAGAAAUGAAAAAAUUACCAAAUGUUCAAAGAAUUGUUUCAUGUGUCCUAAAUGUCAGUCUAAUUUAAAAAUAAAAAUGAAUGAUUGUGAAAAUGAUGGGAAAUCAUUUAGUUUUGAAUGUGGAUACUGUGAGUAUAUGUAUGAAACAAAUGUUGUUUACAAACCUAAAUCAUUAUUGAAUAUAAUCAAAGAUGAAAUGAAUGAUGGAUUUCACAAGUAUUGCGAAGAUAUUAAAAACGGAGUAUUGGCAAAUCAAGAAUCAUCACCACCACCUCCUCCUCAAAGUGAACAAACUAGAAGGAAUUUACAACUCAUGAUGAAAAGAAACCUUCCAAUUGUUGAGAAUUCGCCAAAUGAGAGAAAAUUAUAUCCUGUUUCCAAACCAUUGACAACAAAGAAAACCUUGAGAUGUUUGGAUUGUAAUAAUUUAGUAUUUGCUCCAUUGGUGGAUAAUAUCCCACCCACUGUCAACAAGUUUCAAGUCAAAUUUAAUGCUAUUGAUUAUUUACCAACGGUUGUCAUCUCAAAAUUACUUAAUGAUACACGCCCAUGGAAUUGUUCAACACAAAUCAUGUUGAUUCAUUUUAUAAACCCUUUACUGGUGAAGGUUCAUUUGAAUAUUAGUAUACCUAGUGAGUUGAAUAAUGUUGAGUUAACGAUCGCUCUCAAUGAAUUCACUGUCGGUGGGUUGACAAGUAAAAACACGGGUAGUUUAAUUAAAAGUAUCCCUACUGCAUUGUUAACUAUGAAUACAAUCAUUAGUAAAUCCGAAUUGAUUUUACGCAAAGGGGAUAUUGCGUUUAAAGAUGUAGCUAGCAUUGAAGAAAUUGAAGAGAAUUUGGAUAAUUAUAUAGAACGUGGAGUUAAUUGGUAUACCAUACCAGUAAUUAUCAAUAACACCAAUCCAAAUCAAGAAUUGAAAAUACCAAUUAAUGUUGGAAUACAUAGUGAUGUUGUUCCUGAAUCAUUAAAGAAAAUAACAAAUAAAUUUUCAUUAAGGUAUUGGAAUAUACUUAAUGUACAUACAACUUAA